UGGCUUGUUAUCUGUGGGGAAAAUGGCAAUUUUGGAGUAGCUCCUUUAUGGGAAUCAUGCUGUUGGAAUGGAGGACUGUGAAACAAUGGAAGAUGUGUAUAUGGCUUCAGUGGAAACAGAUGGGGGAGUCAAGGAACAGUUACAUCUUUACAACACCAGGGGCCUACAGGAAGGUGUGGAGCUGCCAAAGCAUUAUUUUUCAUUUGCCGAUGGCUUCGUUUUUGUGUACAGUGUGAAUAACCUUGAAUCCUUUCAAAGAGUGGAGCUUCUGAGGAAAGAAAUUGAUCAGUUCAAAGACAAAAAAGAGGUGGCAAUUGUUGUGUUAGGAAACAAAACUGACCCUUCUGAGCAGAGACAAGCGGACGUCGAAGUGGCACAGUGGUGGGCCAGGAGCGAGAAGGUGCAUCUGUGGGAGGUGACAGUCACAGACCACAAGACCCUGAUUGAGCCCUUAACCCUGCUACCCCGCAAACUCUCCCAGCCCCAGAACAAAGCGAGCUUCCCUCUGCCUGGGAGGAGAAGCAAAGGCAACUCCAGCUCUGAGAACUAA